CAAGCAUACUUGCUUGCUGCAUUACACUUUGGGGACCACAUGAUGUGAAUUAUUGUUCCUGAAGUUUUUCAGCUUAGUUUGGAAGAAAACCUUCAAGGGAAAAAAGAUCAUGUUGUCCUCAGUUGGAAUCAGAGAUAUAAGAUUGCUAUCAAUGUAGCUGAGGCAGUUGAUUAUCUACAUAGCCGCAGUGCUUAGUCCAUUAUCCAUAGGGAUGUGAAAUCAUCGAACAUCCUUCUAGCCGAUGAUUUUGAGCCAUAGAAUACAAAUGACCAUAUCGCUUGGGACUGGGAGUGAUGAAGUGCAAGUGCAAAAUGCAUUACCCCUGUAUGUUCUAUUGGCAAAACCUGUUUCUGAUAUUACAGUUUCAGAGCAUUCUGCAGUUUAUCAGCUUAGGAGGACAUGCAUUCUGAAAGCUUUCUCUGAGUUUGGGAGUGGAGAUAAAAAAGAAGCCACCUUUGUUAUUCCUGAGCUUAGGAAGUUGUCAGCUGAUGGCAAAGCUGGCAAUCUCACCAUCUUACUUUUUCUUCAGGGGAAGCCGCAAUUACUUCCAGUGAAAGUGAUCUACUCAAAGACCAAUUCGAUCUGGCAUCUUUUCCAUGUGAUGUAACAUCGAUGGACGCCUACUUGAUAAAGUUCUUCCCAGUCGUCUAUCGAAAGACCAAAGAUCCUAGUUUGGACAGCCAUUACUGAAAAUACGACAACCACGGCCUUCAGCUAUUGAUCACAUCAUCGUUGUAUCUGGCUGGCUUGAUUUCGUCCUUCUUCGCAUCCUUCACCACAAGAAACCUCGGUCGGAGGCUGACCAUGCUCAUUGCAGGGAUUUUCUUCAUCAUUGGCGUGGUGCUAAAUGCAGUUGCCCAGAACCUUGCCAUGCUCAUUAUAGGAAGGAUCUUCCUGGGGUGUGGAGUCGGCUUCGCUAAUCAGGUCUUUUUCUAGUUUCACUUCUGAUUCCUCAGGCAUGACCAUUUUUAUCCCCUUUUCUAACCAUGACAUAUGUAGAUUCCCAUUAAAAUGGCAUUCACCUUAUUUUGCUAGCAGUGUCAUUACUAAGAUCAAGAUUCACGGAUUUUUGGUGCAACAUAAUAUUUAUAAGUCUGAAAAUUCAUUGUUGAAUACAUGCCGAUAUUUCAUUGGCAGUUUCAAGUUAUUUUUAAAAAAUCUUUUUCUUUUCUUUUGUUUUUGUUGAUUGGCAGGUAAGCAAGGUUCAAAUCUGAGACCUCAAUGUUGAAAUGCACCCUGUCUACCAUUGAUCUACUGGCUCAAAUUCUUGCA